UACAAACUGAAUGCUUUACAGUGGACACUCAUUAUAUUCUUUACAAACAAAUCACAAUUUGAAAUACGCGAAAAUAACACUACAAAAAAAAAAAUUGCACGCAUACCAAAAUGUGAUUUGUCUAUAAAGAAGUAAAUGAAGCUAAAAAGAAAGCGUUAAAAUCACUCACAAACACAAUGCCACAUAAAAGCAAAGGGACAAAAUGGGCAAAGCAAACCAAAAAAAAAAGGGGCACAAAAGUAAGUUGGGGAGAUUUCCCUUUAAAACGAAAUUAAAGCCUCUUUCAAAUUUUGUUGUAUUAAGUGAAUUAAUUAUUUAACUUUUAAUUAAUUAUUAUAGAGGCCUUUUAUUUUGCUCGUCAAAAUCCACCAUUUUAGGUGUCCGUCUGUCCCCCUUGAACCGCAAAAUAAACCCUCUCAGCUCUCCCACUUCCUACACUUUCUCUCACUAUUUUCUCACUCACUUUCUUUCAUUCCUCCUCUCAUUCCUCAUUGUCUGCCUUAACACCAAAACCAAAACUUCAAAACUUCAAAAACCCAAAAAAAAAAAGAUAAAGAAAAAAUAACAGAGGAAACUUCCAAAGCUCGUAGCAAUGGAAGCUCCCGAGUAUUUUCAGAACAGUUUCUGCCCACAAUUCACACCGGAAAAGCGCCACUCUUUCGACAAUAAUAACAAUAAGGCCACCAAUGGUGGUGGUGGUGGCGGGGACCAUUUCAUGGUGGAGGACCUUCUCGACUUUUCCAAUGAUGACGCGGUGAUAACCGAUGGUGGUGCUACUUUUGAUAACGCCACCGGAAACUCCACUGACUCUUCCACCAUCACCGUCAUUGACAGCUGCAAUUCUUCUUCCUUAUCGGGCUCCGAACCCAAUGUCAUCCCCGAUAUCGGGUCCAGAAAUAUCACCGAAGGCCCAUUCUCUAGUGACCUCUGCGUCCCGUACGACGAUUUAGCUGAGCUCGAAUGGCUUUCGAAUUUCGUGGAGGAGUCGUUUUCCAGUGAGGACAUGCAGAAGCUGCAGCUGAUAUCAGGAAUGAAAGCUCGACCCGACGAGGCAGCUUCUGAGACCCGACAAUUCCAACCCGAACCCAACCGAAACGACAACGCUCACAACACCACCACCAACAACCCGAUAUUCAACCCGGAUGUUUCGGUACCCGCCAAGGCCAGAAGCAAAAGGUCCCGGGGCGCCCCAUGCAACUGGACAUCUCGCCUCCUCCUCCUUUCCCAGCCGACCUCAUCCUCGGAGCAAUCCGACGUCGUUUCAGGUGCGCCGGAGUCUCCGUUACCGCCACCGUCAACCACUGGAAAGAAAACAGUUAAGUCGGUGCCGAAGAAGAAGGAAAGCCCAGAGGGUCUAGGAGGGGGGCCCGGGGACGGCCGGAAGUGCCUGCAUUGUGCGACGGACAAGACGCCGCAAUGGCGAACGGGGCCUCUGGGUCCAAAGACGCUGUGCAAUGCGUGUGGGGUCCGAUACAAGUCAGGUCGGCUCGUACCCGAGUAUCGACCCGCCUCAAGCCCGACGUUCGUACUGACGAAGCACUCCAACUCGCACCGAAAGGUUUUGGAGCUUCGGCGCCAAAAGGAGAUGGUGAGGGCACAACAGCAGUUUAUUCACCAAGUACCGCCACAACAGCAUCACCACCACCAUCACCACCAUCACCAUCAGAACAUGGUUUUCGAUGUAUCCAAUGGUGGAGAUUACUUGAUUCACCAACACAUGGGGCCUGACUUCCGGCAGCUGAUCUAGUGGGAAGCGUACUAGAGUAGCUAAAACUAGGCAACUUUUGGGGGUUAAUUUAGCGUGGCCCAGUUGAUCUUCUUCUUCUUUUUCCUUUUUUUCUUUUUUGAUUAAAUAGACAAUUUCGUAAUGUUUUUUUUUUCGUUUUCUGGGGUAAUUUUCCCUAACCUAAAAUUUGAACUUUCUAGUCUGUUUUAAAAUAUUUUUUUUCUUCUUUAUUAUAUAUAUAUUCUCAUAUUUGAUUUAGAGAAUUAAAUUAAACCGAACUAAUAUCAAUAUGGUGCCUUACUUUAGUUAAUAAGCUAUAGUGCUUUUGAAAUGCGUUAAUGAGCUGAGUGUGUUAAUAAAAAUUAAAAAAAAAAUAAUAAUUACGAAAAGCCAUAAGGCCCUUAAUAAUUUGCUGAAAUUGGCUCUUUCUCAAAUGUCUAUGAGUAUGUUAAUAUUCUUAUGGUCCCAUGCAUAAGGCAAUUGAUCAAAUUUUGUUCAUAACGAAAAGGUUGAUCACUUUUGUUUAGCAAACCAUCAUUCCAC